GGAGGCCAAGAUGGCGGACGAGGAGGGCGAAGCGCGGCCGGGGGCGCGGAACGGGGCCGGGGAGGGACCCCCGGGCGGGCCCCGCGUCGUCCGCAUCGUCAAGUCCGAGUCCGGCUACGGCUUUAAUGUCCGCGGGCAAGUGAGCGAAGGCGGGCAGCUGCGCAGCAUCAACGGCGAGCUGUACGCGCCGCUGCAGCACGUCAGCGCCGUGCUGGGCGGAGGGGCCGCGGACCGCGCCGGGGUGCGCAAGGGGGACCGCAUCCUGGAGGUGAACGGUGUGAACGUGGAAGGAGCCACCCACAAGCAGGUGGUGGAUCUGAUCCGGGCCGGCGAGAAGGAGCUGGUGCUGACGGUGCUGUCGGUGCCGCCGCACGAGGCCGAGAGCCUGGAGCCCCCCGAGGAGCCCCUGGGCCCCCCUUUCUACGACUACAGCGAGAAACAGGCGGUGCCCAUCUCCAUCCCCACCUACAAACACGUGGAGCAGAGCGGGGAGAAGUUCGUGGUGUACAACGUUUACAUGGCGGGGAGGCAGCUGUGCUCCAAGCGCUACCGGGAAUUCGCCAUCCUGCACCAGAACCUGAAGCGGGAAUUCGCCAACUUCACCUUCCCGCGCCUGCCCGGCAAGUGGCCGUUCUCGCUGUCCGAGCAGCAGCUGGACGCCCGCAGGAGGGGCCUGGAGGAGUACCUGGAGAAGGUUUGCUCCAUCCGGGUCAUCGGCGAGAGCGACAUCAUGCAGGAGUUCCUGUCGGAGUCAGACGAGAACUACAACGGCGUCUCGGACGUGGAGCUGCGCGUGGCGCUCCCGGACGUCACCACAGUCACAGUCAGGGUGAAGAAGAACAGCACCACAGACCAGGUGUACCAGGCCGUGGCUGCCAAGGUGGGCAUGGACAGUGUCACUGCCAACUACUUCGCCCUCUUCGAGGUCAUCAACCACUCCUUUGUGAGGAAGCUGGCUCCCAACGAGUUCCCCCACAAGCUCUACGUGCAGAACUACACGUCGGCCGUGCCGGGGACGUGCCUGACGCUGCGCAAGUGGCUCUUCACCACCGAGGAGGAGGCGCUGCUCAACGACAACGACCUGGCCGUGGCCUACUUCUUCCACCAGGCCGUUGAUGAUGUUAAGAAAGGCUACAUCAAAGCUGAGGAGAAAUCCUACCAGCUGCAGAAGCUCUGUGAGCAGAGGAAGAUGGUCAUGUACCUGAACAUGCUGCGGACGUGCGAGGGCUACAACGAGAUCACCUUCCCUCACUGCUCGUGCGACUCGCGCCGCAAGGGCCACGUCAUCUCUGCCAUCAGCAUCCGCCACUUCAAACUGCACGCCUGCACCGAGGAGGGGCAGCUGGAGAACCAGGUGAUUGCGUUUGAGUGGGAGGAGAUGCAGCGCUGGGACACGGACGAGGAGGGCAUGGCCUUCUGCUUCGAGUACGCGCGCGCCGAGAAGAAACCGCGCUGGGUCAAGAUCUUCACGCCCUACUUCAAUUACAUGCACGAGUGCUUCGAGCGAGUGUUCUGCGAGCUCAAGUGGAGGAAGGAGAACCUUUUCCAGCUGGUCAGGUCACAGCAAAGGGACGCGGCCACUUAACCCCGGCAGCUCCCCAGGAACCCCAAAAUCCGUUAUUGUAUUAAAGCCCCCCCAAACUAAAUCUCAUUAAUUCCAAAUCCAUUCGUGCCCAUCAUCUUUAUGCAAUUCCAGAGGAAGAAACAAAAAAAACAAACUAAGAAAAGCCCAAGGGGGCUCCUUUUUCCCACUCACAUCCAGCUCCAGGAUGGGAAUUUUGGGAAUUUUUUUUUUUUUUACAACUGGAAUUUAAAAAAAAAAUUGUUUCUGCUUGGUCAGAUGUGGAAAAAUAAGGAGGAAAAAAAAAACCAACCAUUCCUGCCUGGGCAUCCCUGGGAAUAAUUUAAAAUCCCAUGGGGUGGCAGCAGAUUUUUAAAGGGAUUUUCUGCUCGUUUCUCCUCCUGAUCUGAUUUUUUUUUUUAAUCACCGUGGAUUAAAAAAAAAAAUGGGGGAAAACAUCCAAAAGGAGUCAAAUUCCAAGGAAACACCUCUCCUGGCACAAGGAUCCCGCUCAUGGAUUCGUAUUCCCGCUUUUUUUGGGAAUUUUGGGGUGUUUUUCCAGAGAUUUGGGAUGGGAUCUGGGAAAUUCCUGGAUCCUGAGCAGCUCCCAGCAGGAAAAAUCACCUGAAAAAACCAAUUUUCCCUAUUUUUGAGCACUUUUUAUCCAUGACUUGGGUGUCCAAGCAGGAAAAAUAACCUGGAAAAAACCAUUUUCCCUCGUUUUGAGCAGGAUUUUUCCAUAGUUCUGGAGGAAAAAGGUGGAAAAUUCAUUUUUUCCCUGGCUUUGAAUGGGAUUUUUCAACAGAUCCACUGGUCAAGAUGUUCCCAGGAGGAAAAAUAAGCUGGAAAUUAUUUUUUUUCCUUGGUUUGGAGCAGGAGUUUUCCAUGGGGGAAAAACCCUCUGAAAAAUCCAUUUUUUUCCUGGUUUUGAGUGGGAUUUUUCCAUGUUUUGGGAGGAAAAAAUCACCUGGAAAAGCCUUUCCCCCCCUUUUUUUGGGCUGGCCUGGAGCUGGUUCUACCAGGAUUUGGGGUGAAUUUGGGAAUAUUUGGAAGCAAACCCAGCAGGAGCAUCCUGGCCUCAUUCCCAACCUCUGGAAUGCACCAGAAUUGCUCCAAAAUUGGGGAUUUUCCCAAAAAUUCCCGUUUUGGGAAGGGGUUUUCCCCACUCCUCCUGGAGCUGGGAUAGGGGAGAUUUUUUUGGUUUUUUUUGGGGGGGAGUCCCAAAUCUUCAGCUCUGGAGCAGCUGAGAGCUGGGAAUUAAUUCCAUUAAUUGGAUCCCUGUAAUUAAUUGGAUUUUCUUUGUCCUUGGGAACCCCAAGCUGUGAAAACCCAGGAAUGGGGAGGGAAACUGGGAGAGGUUUGGGAUCCCCAAAAUCCUCCUAAAAUCCCCUUCAGCACCCCCAGUUUGGGUAAAAUCCCAGGAAAAGCCCAGUUUUGAUCUCAAUUUUCCUGCUGUCUCCAAAUUCCAGUGGAUCAAGGAGAAUUGAAUCUUCCUGUGGAUUUUUUAAUCCAAAAAAAAAAAAAAAAAACAAAAAAAAACCAUAAAGGGAGAAAUCAAAAAAACAACAAAAACAAAAUCUUGCCCCCCCUUCUCCCAUUUUUCCCUCUUCCCAUUCCUCAGUUUCCUGGCUGGGUAAAGCCCCAUUAGUGUAAUUAAUUGUAACAUAUUCUUUUAAAUAAAUUGAUUUAUUGAGGAAA